AUGUAUGAUGAAGAUUUGAAGAAAUAUGAAGAUUCAACUGACAAUAUGUUAAGAUCUAUUGCAGUAUAUUAUAGUAAGGGCAUAAUGGGUAAAGAUGAGUAUAUGAGAGUUUAUAAAGCUAGUUCAUAUAGGCAGAAACCAGGUAAAAAGCGGGCUGCACAUAUUAAGGUUGCCAACUGCCCUUCCCACAGGUUAAUGGCAUAUAUAAAAUCCAUUGAUAUUGGUCAGUUGCACAGUGUCCAUGAGAAUAUGUGUAAUCGGUUGGAUGAAUGUGAUAAGGUUAAUGGUUGUUAUAGGGACAUUGAAGAUCUUCUAGUGAAGUUGGCCAAGUUUUAUCUAAAUCAUGGUAAGUACAAUCUCCUAACAUUUGACCACUUCAUAUUGCAUUGGGUGGAGACGGUACCCCUUUUGGAAGGGAUGACUCGGCAUGUUCACGGUUUGUCAGUUUUCUCAACAUCGGCAUGUUGAGUAGUAAUGAAAAUUUUCUUCUUUUGGGCGCAAAUUGUGCAGAGAACUGUUUGCCGGUUAAGCAUUUCUUGGGUAAGUUAAUGACUGACAUUAAACAAAGUCAGAGUUAAGGGAGAAAGCAUUGAUGUUAAAUUUGUGUUUGCAGAACUGCCAAAUGACAUGAAAAUGCUUGCUUUCUUAGCUGGGAGCUCACUAACAGUGCAACUUACUUUUCCACUUUUGCAGAGGCAGAACAAGGAGUCACUGACAAAGAUUGGAACCUUUGGUCACAAUGCAUCUGAUACUUGGAAGCCCUGGAAGUACUCGGAUAGGGUUAAAGUGAUCAACGCCAUUGAAAAAUUCAAAAAGAAAAUAAAGCAUAAAACUGUUUCAGCCAACACCAAAAGAUCAAAUAUAACAUUCAUUGCCAAGCAGAAAAACUGGCAAGAAUUUGUCCCUUUGGUGGCUGAAUCGGUUGACUGA